UCCACUCCCUGCCCAAGCUGCGGCUGCAGGAGCACAGACUUGAAGGGAUUUGAACCAUCUACAUCCACCCUGCAUGUGACCAAUGUCCCAAGAAAAUCAGAGAGCGAUGUCAACUUUAAAGAUCCAGGCCUGGUGGCGGGGCACCCUGGUGCGGCGGGCACUGCUGCACGCGGCCCUCAGGGCCUGGGUCAUUCAGUGCUGGUGGCGGGCGAUUGUGGCGAAGCUGCUGGAGAAGAGACGGAAUGUGAUUCUGAAAACAUUUUUGAAGGAGGAGCAGGCGGCGGUCAGACUGCAGUCCUGUGUCCGCAUGUGGCGUGCUCGCCAGCACUACCUCCAAGUGCUCAGCGCUGUCCGUGUCAUCCAGGCCUUCUGGAGGGCCCACACCUGCAUGUCCAGGGGCUGCAUCAGGGGCUACUACCGAGUCACUACCAAGGAGCUGCACCUGGAGCUGGAGAUCUUGCUGGGCUCGGGGCCUUGCGUCAUGAAGGAGUGCAUUCCCCUCCCAAUAAAGCAGUGAACUGGG